GCCACAUCCCACGACUGUGAAGUGGAGGCGAAGGGACAGAAAUUGGAAUUUGGUUAGGCCUCUGUGAGGAAAAACCGUAAUAAAACCAAAACUGAAGAGACAAGCUCCUAAACAUGCUCCCACCAAUGUGCCCAUCCAAGAGGAGUUUGUUUAUGGAGCAGAAACUGUCUCACUCAUUGAAGAACUGGAGCGAAUCCUUAAUGAAGAAUGUGUUCAGUCUGUAGAUGUGUCUGUGGCCACAGCCUGGCAAAAGUAGCAAUCCCUAAGCCAUGAAAGAUGGCACAUUACAAGGGAGUCCAUGCACUGUAAAAAAUGAUAUGCUCAAUAAGUUAUGUUAACACAUGUUUUUCCUUUGACUUAAGUCAUUAAAAUAAUUUAUCGAAUUUCAACUUAAUUUUCUAAUUUGUAAUAAAUUUAACUAUAUAUUUUAUGUCAGUUUAACAUAAUUUAAAUUCAAGUGACCUGGUUAAGUUGAAUAGACGUAACAUUUUAAGUUGAACUGUAACUGACAGGUUGAUUGCAUGGCUUAUGCAGGGGUUUAAUUUUGACAGUAUUCAACAUAGGAGUCUUUUAAACUUAAGAAACAAUAAAAUAUAAAAAUAAAAAUACAUAAAAAUUCAAGCGGACCGUGUCCCUAAUGCCACAAACAACGCACAUCAAGCGGACUAUAAUUUACUGAACUAAAUUGAACGGCGGAAGAAUACUAAGGCGAACAACCAUGGGCCUGACUGGAAGUGGAUGCUGCUUGUGUCAGUCGGGUUGGCGGAAGAACACUUAACGUUACACAGUAGUUGAGAUUCACAUUGUUGACUGCUAGCCUGUGAUCAUAUGAUAUUUACACUGCUAGCCUGUGAUUAUAUGAUUAUAUGAAGUGGACUUGUAAGUUUUGCAAUUUUGUCACAUACAAUGAAAAAACAAUUAUUUCUCAUUACAAAAACAGUCACGGACGUGGAAGGCGGGGUUUCGUCUGUAUUUACUCCUCUUGUCUCAUGUCUCAUGUACAGCUGCUUUGUAACAAUGAAAAUUGUAAAAGCGCUAUAUAAAUAAAGUUGAGUUGAGUUGAGUAUCUAUGCACCAUGUGUGAUGGAGAUGUCCAUCAACACCUUCCUAUCCAUGACAGGGAGUCUAUGGUACAUGGGUUUUUUAAGCCAUUGUGUCCAACCACUGCAGUGAAGAGACAUUCUGAGACAUUUGAAUUCUCCAAACAGGGUAAGCUUUUCAUGUGUCCCAUCAAUCAUGUCUGUACAUUUCAAAUGGUUGUCAAUUAGUGUAAAAUUAUAAUUGAAUAUAUUAAAACCAGUGCUGUCAAUCGAUUAAAAAAUUAAUCGGAUUAAUCACACAUUUUCUGUGAUUAAUCACGAUUAAUCGCACAUAACAAUAAUAUUUUAAAAUAUACUUUUACAUUUGAAUAAUUUCACAUUUAAUCUUCAAAUUGAUGUAGAAACAACAUAUUUCUUUAACAGCGUCAUUUUAUGAAUGAAAGAAAACAUUUUGAUAUUAGUACUGUAACUGAUGUCUCUAUUAAAUUGAUUAUUUUAACAUUAAUUAUAGCCAUUCAACAAUAUAAUUGAGAGCUAUCAUGAAAUAUACAGAAAUUGAAGGAAGUUCUCAAACACUUUACAGUCUUUAAUGCUAAAUUAUAAAUUAAAUGCAGAAGAGUUCUCAUUAAAGCUACAAAAUCACAUUGAUUUCUUCUUUUAUUUUGUUCUUUGAUUAACAUUAGUGACAGGAGUCACAGCAGCAUGUUUAAAAACGUGGCCCCUUUAAGAGCUCAGUACCGUCACCGCACUCCCAUUUUCACAACUCUUUGCAUUCAUUUAAGAUUUUAUUUUACACUUUGAAGUUUUGCUUAAGAAAAUGCUAGACAAAACGGGCUUUCUGACAUAAUCUUGUAUGGUUUUAUCCAUUCAAGCACGAAAGAGAACUUAACAUGGAUGCGCUUGUCUGACAGAGAUUCACGGACGCAGCCUUCAGCCCAUGACUGUUUACACCAGACUGGACCUCGCGUUGCGUUUUGCCGCGUCCCACAGUUUAGAAGCUGUCUAUCUUCAUUGAACGCGUCAAAGCAAGUGUUUAAAAUCACGCUUAAGUGGUUUAGAAGCCUGUACACGAAUAAGAGCGUGAUUACAUAAUGUAACGCUAGACAAAGAAUGUCAAAACAAACGGAUGCUGCGUUAAUUGCAUUAAAUAUUUUUCACGCGUUAAUUUGAAAAAAUUAAUCACAUGCGUUAACGCGUUAACGUUGACAGCCCUAAUUAAAACAUAUUUUAUUUUACUUGUUUAUAAAUCCUUUACUUAGGGAAUGUUAUUGUUAUUGUUUUGCUUUUGCUGUUUAGUCCGAUAUCUUCCACUACUUUUCCCAGAGAAAAUCUGUGCCUGUUCAGAAAGUUUGUGCAGUGUAUUCAAUGGCAAGCCAAUUAUUCUAAUCAAUUUUAAUGGUAAUGUGUAGUUUUUCUCUUUAUAAAAAACAUAAAGGUUGCUAAAAGAAAACUCAAUGAUAUUUUGAUUAGUAAUUUCAAAAUGUGUUGUGAUAUAUCACUUUUUAAUAGGACGGUACAAUCUCACCCUUCCAUCACUGGAGUGCGGAUGCUGUGGGAAAACAUGGACAGUGGGACUCAGUGAUCUGCUCAAGUCUGGGUACUGGCCAGCUUCCAUACAUUUUGAGACUGUGUAUGUGGCUGGCCUUUUGAAGUCUUUUCUAGACUUAAAACUUCUUGCUCCUGGCCUUUCACGUCAAGCAUUUGUUGGAAUGCUUGACCGGAGAACAGAGUGCAAUGGCAGGAAGGGAAAAAUAUGUGGAGACACAUACCAGAAAGCCUUUCUGGAGUGGACAUUUGCCCAGCAUGAGGUUGAGAGGCUGUGUUUCCAGCCAUUUAAAUGUCCCGCUUGCAGUCCAUCCAUGCAUGCCAUCUCAGUGGAUGGUAACAGGAAGUUAUACAGGUUCAACAAUGCACAUGGAAAGAGAAACAUGAUAGAGAAGGGCUACUUUGAUGGCACAUUUAUAAUGAAAGACAAUGAUGUUUCCUCCUUUGUGGAAUAUGUUCAUGAAAAGACCAAGCAUGCCACAGGUAAAGGGUUUGUGGCUCCUCUCAAUGGACAGCAGCAAAGGAGUCUGCGAAAAAGUCAACAUCAAAGAUUGAUGAGGAAGGCCUUGAGAUUGCUGUGUGCCGACAUGGAGGACUUCUAAAAGGCCUAAAUAUGUUCAGAGGGGAAAUAUUUGCUUAUCCCCUGUUCCUUCAAAACACCCUCUCAAAAGAAAAUGUGUCACUCUUCUGCUCGGAUGUCGCCUGCAAGUACUGGCCAUACUUAAAAAGAGUGGUGGGACACUGUCCAGAGCUUAGACAUUUAUUAAAUAUGCGGCCACUAUUAUCUGUUAUGCAUGCCAAAGCACAUGAAUGGAGCUGUGAGAUAAAAUGGUCUGGAAGAAACCAAGAGGGAGCUGGUCUUACAAUUGGAGAAGAGGUGGAGCAAGUCAACUCCUUGUCGAGAGCUGCAAUCUGCACUAAAUAUAUGUCCAAAGCUGCCCGUUCAGACAUGCUCACUGUUCUUGCUUCUGCAUGGAACAAACGGAAAUCUGAAAAUCUGGCUAGAUGUUUGUCCCAAAGAUACGUUAAGACAACCGAAAGGCUGAAAGUGGAAAGAGAGAGCUUUGCAAGUCUGCAGGCUGAGCUCAAUGUCAGUGAUGAUGACAUUCAGCAGUGGGUCAGUGAUGUCCAGCAGUGGGCUGCAGAUGUAGUAUCAAGUGGAAAGGAUGACGCUGGACUGGAGGGCAGAAUUCAAGGCCUUUAUAUCAGCAUAAAGCUGAGAAAAAAUAAUCUGUACCAUCAGACAGGUAAUGGCAACCUCUCAACUAAGAAGAUGGUUUUUGACCGGUUCAUGUUGCUUUCCCAACUGAAGGAGGAGGAGCAGAUCUUAGUGAUGGAGGUCAAGCAACACUGGCAAUCACUGAAAGAAGCUGAAUGUUGCCUGAGGGAUCUCUCUGUUGAAAUAAAAAAUAACAACUGUGACAUUACACUAUCAGAGGAGAGCUCCAGUGGACUGCUGUGCCUUCUUAAGAGAAAACUGGAAGACCUUAAUGUUCUGCAAAAUAAUGCUAGGAUGUUAUACCAGCAAUGUGUUCUGGGACAGGCAUCAGAAAACAAUCUAUUCGAUGACAUUUCCGAUGAAGAAAAUGAGUGUUGCAGUGUGUACUGUACAUUUAUUACAUUACAUGUAUAUAUAAUAUGUAAUAUAAAACAUGUAUAUUUAAGUAUACAUUUUCACCGCAUACAAGUUUUUUUCCAUACUGUUAGCAAAAUAAAAUACUUGAAAAGUGAGUCUUGUCUUUUAAUUUCUAUUCAGGCAGGUGUUCCAUGUGGUGUACUACUUUUUGAUUACCUUGGUAUUACAUUUGACCUCACUUAUUUGUCAAGUUGAUUUAAAUUGGACAAUCUUAUAUAUUAUUGAAAUAAAAAUAAAUACAGGGUUUUUUUGUACAUACAUUUUCAUUAAAUGUUACAUUAUAUUUAAAUAUUACAAGGUUUCCUAGACGGGUUGAUAAGAUUAACGAAAUGCUGAAAAGUAAUAAAAUGGAACAAUAACUAUUUUAAAAUAAAAACACAAAAAAAUACUUUUUUAUUUGUUUAUCUGCAUGUCAUGGAACCAUUAAUGAACACCAGAUAAUACAACUUAAUUAUUUUGGAAAAUCUGGUGGUCAAAUGCUGUACUUCACUGUUUUCAGUGAAAGAUACAUGACUAGUGGCUAUAGUUUGUGAGUGCAAUCCGAUAGAGCACCUUUGGGAUGUGGUGGAACAGGAAAUUUGCAUCAUGGAUGUGCAGCCGACUGAAGCAACUGCAUGAUGCUAUCAUGUCCAUAUGGACCAACAUCUCUGAGGAAUGUUUCCAACACAUUGGAAUGUUUGAAUCUAUGCCAAUAACAAUUAAGGCAGUUAUGAAGGCAAAGGGGAUCCAACCCAGUACUAGCAAGGUGUACCUAAUAAAUUGGCCUGUGAGUGUAUAUAUUUCUUGGGUUAGCGUUACAGUGGUCCUAAUAAGUAACCAAGAAAAUGUAAAUAUUCACCCAAAACAUGUUCUGUUUUAUCAAUGUUUAUAAGUGAAUUAAGUUUUAACCUAAUAAUUUAAAAUAAGUAUAUGAGUAAGAUGCUUUCAGAUUGAAUGCAAUAAAGUAGUCAAUCAAUCCUUAGUUAAUAUUAGUACUAAAUCAGGCUGUCAAGAGCAGUUGUGUUGAUUUGAAUUAUUACUGAUUCAUAUUAUAGUAAGUGAAUAUUAAAUUAUAAAAUACAAUGACACUAUUUUGUUGUUCCGUUUGAGCUGAAGAAUGAGAAAGCAUGAGUUGAGCAUGACAGGCAGGGCCACACACUGGAUAAGCAUGUUGUGACUUCUCUUUUAUGAAAUACAUUCUCUUCCAUUGCUCAGGGAUCUUGAAUAAUCUAGAAAUGUUAAUCAAAUGUAAUUUUGGCAGGAUGGUCAGCUCUCCCUCUACAGUUUUCUUUGUAGAUUUUUUUUUGGUAAUGUUUUUCAUGAUACUGGGGGGAGAAUGUUGUUUGUUUUUACCGUUUUGGCCUAAGCAAACAAAUAAAUCAUUACAGUCACAUUGGUUGUUUCCUUCACUCCUUAAAUUUUAUGAUCAUCCUACUACAAUUAUCUUUUGAAAACUCCAGUUGCCUUUAAACUCUGAUACACUUAUUAUGUUGCCCACUAUCUUUGAUGCUGACAUCACAAAUCAUAUACCUUCACUCCAUCUGCAUUGCAAGGGGUGUAAUGCAAAAAAAAGCGUAUUUUCAUCAUUUCAUCAUUAAUCAUAUUAUCAUGUUACCAAAUUGACUCUAACAGUCCUCUGUUUUGUAUUAUUACAAGCAUUGUUUGACCAAUCAAUAUUUGAUACUACUAUGGAAUUAUUACAUAUCUUACAGUAUGUUAAUGCAGUAUAGUGGUACUUCACUUUCUCUAGACUCUUCUCACUGGGCCCAUUUGAAGCAAUCAUUGUUAAUGUGCAUGCUUAUAUGUGACAAUACCUUGUACAUCUAGCCUCCAGGGAGAAUAUGGUUGUUCAUAUCCAUAUACUUACUAAACAUGAGGACUAAACAUGAGCGUUUAAAAUAGACCGCUACUGAAGAACUGUUUUUAAAUGGUGUAUUAUUUCAGCGUGAGGCACUUUUUAAGAAUGUUAACAUACAAUCUAUUCAUUUUUUUCCAAUCCUAAUGGAAAUAAAAUUAGGAUACCACAGAACAUAUAGCAGUACAAGUUUUGGCUACUAAUGUUGAAUCUUUGGAGUAUGUAUAUGAGCCAGGUGUUAAACUCCAAGAAUUUUAAUAGUGCAGUUAUGAUAAACACCCACACAACCUCCAUCUCUUUGCUAAGUGCUAACUUCUAACAAUGAGCUGCUACCCCCGAGUCUACUUUGAGGUUGUAGUACAGCCAGGGGCGGUUCUAAAUCUGGAAUCGUUUCUGGAAUUUUUUUACCACAACCGAGCAAUUUCGGGUGCAAUGCACAGUUUGUCCUGCAAGUGGCAGUAAUGAUGCUUGUGUGCCAAAAGGAAGAUUACGCAAGCAAGACGCAAACAAUGUCGAGCCUGUUCGCCUUCAGCAAGAUUACGUCUACAUCAUACAGGUAAUGGAAAUAUUUUGUAAAAAUAUAACGAAAAUGCAUAUCAUUACACAUCAUAUUAAAAUACUGACCUAUAUUUUCCGGUGUUGCGCAUGUUAAAUCUACAUAUAAAGCAGUCGUGACUCGUGCCUAUACAAAGAAUCAGCUGCUGCCAGAGAACGCGUAACGCACUAAAGAAAUUUUAUUUGUUAAUGAAAUGAGAUCAAAUGCAACUUACAUUUAUUAGGGUGAAUGUUUGAAAAAAACACGUUUGCCUUAUAAUUAAAAUAAAUGGUCUGUCAUUCCCAAGGAAUUAGCAGAGUUCAAGUAAUCAAUACAGUUUAUUCUAUACUGUCCUGUAUAUUACUUGUGGUGUAUUUGAGAGUCAAGCUUUAGUUUUUCAUUUAUGUAUGUACAUUUAAAAUGCAGAAAAGUGCCUAAAUGUUAUUAUUGUUGUCAUUGUUAUUUUGACUAUAUACAAUGUGUUGUGAAAUAAAUGACCAUGGAACAUUAAUUUGAGCUGAACUUGUUUUAUUAGCUUAUUAGUUUACUUAGAGAAAACAGUAAUACAUGACACUGAAAAAUUACAGAAAAUUAAUCAUGACACAUGUUAGUGUGCCCCCUAAAAGCAUAAGUGGCCCCUGCCUGGCCGCCCCCAGUAGUCUAGGACCGCCACUGAGUAUAGCCCUGUAGUACAGCCCAUAGUGUUGGCAUCCGUGUGGUACGCAAUGAAGAUGAAACGCUGAUUUCAAAAGCAGUAGUUACAUAUACAGUUUUUUGAAUAACAUAAUAUAACAUAUUUUUUGGCCAAAGUUACCAGAAUAAGUUAUUACCUUGCUUCGAACACGUAGGGUUGACUACUUACGAUACAUAAAUCUUUGUACUGAUAUACGAAGAACAUAUGGUAACACGGACUACUUUACCUGAUCGGUGGACAUAGUUUGAACGACGUAUCUGGGUCUGUCGGCUUAGUAAACAAACUCACGUGUAUUGAGCUGCCAGCGGGAAAUCUUUGUGACAGUUUUUACGACACUGCAUACAGACAAUUCAUUCUGCUUAUCAACCACGUGGGGCAACAGUGAGCAAAAGUUGCUUGUUGCCGCUUUAAAAGCACACAAUGCAAAUAACAAUCUAAUCAAAUGGUGUUGGCUCAAUUUUUUUAAGUGUUUAAGUAAUUUUUUAAGUUGAUCCAACUGUUCAUUUUUUACAGCGUGAGGGACCAGUGUUUUGCUCCUCCAGUUGGUCCUCAAGUGCUGUUUUGCUCCUCUCAAUAACUAUCGAGUUGUUUUGGCUUAACAAAUUGCUCAGCAAUGUAAAGAGGACCUGUCAUAUCGCUGAUAUAUUACUUCUUUUUGAUCUAAAACACCCAUAUUUUCCAACCAAAAAUCCUCCUUUUUCCAUAGUUUUAUACGACCCAAUGUCCCAAUAGCUCACCGGCGCCAUCUUGUGCAACUAGCAAGUUUGGUUCUCAAGGGCUGUUUGAGAUAUGUGCGAUUAUUUAAUUUCUGUACCUGAUAACUACUAUUAGACCAACCUGAAAGCACUGAUUAUUUUUAUGUUUGCUUCAUUACAUUUAUUUGCACAUACUUGUUCUUAUUUUAUUUGUUGCCAACAACAUUUGAAAGCCUAAUAGUUUUUAUAGUAUCAUAACCUAUUUUUUUAAGAAAACAUAGGUAAAAACAACAAACAAACAAACAACUAGACAAAAUUAUUUAUUUACUUCAUAAUUAUGUAUUUAUUGUGGUAGAGGCAAGUGAAAAUAUUGGCAGGGCAAGGAAACAUUUGAACCAAUUGCUUGUUCGGGUCAGUAGAAAAAAUCCUUAGCGUUGAGCCCUGAUUAUGCACUUAUACAAUUUGCCAUCUAGUGCUUGUAUUGGAGAAAGGUAGUUCAUUCCACAUUUUUUACAUCAUCUUGGGCGCAUAGAGACACAUAUUAUGAUUUACUUGGAGAUUUUGUCUAAAAAUAAAGAAAUUUGUUUGUUUUAGCAUAAUUUGGAAAUAAAUCUUAAACAAUAAAAUCUCACAAUUCAUU